AGAGGAUAAUUCCCCAUUAUACAGAGAUAUUUAGCCUAAUAGAAGCCGACAGAUCAUUCAGGGCAGUAAUGUACUCCGGCUUCAAGCGUGUAGUUUCCUCAGCCUGAACUCCCAGAUUAAAGGCUCCUUGCCCAGCCCGCCCCAUGCCGGUGCCUGUGACCUUGACUGCAAUGAUGGGGGAUCUUAUGACCAUGACCUGGCUACCUUGAGUCUGCGGGGCUACACAGCCUUCAGCCUGCAUCUCCAGGGCUCUGACUCUAUCCAGCUCCUGAACCAGCUCCCAAGUCUACUCCUGACCACAGUCUGGGCCAAGGGGACUCCUCAAGCUUUGGGACCCAGCAGGACACAGCAGCAGUCAGGUGCAUGCUGGGACCGCGACGGACAGGCUGCUGCACCCCAGGCCCCCAGAGGCCAGUCUGUUUGCCUCCCGACGCCAUCUGACCCAGGUGAGCGAGAGGAUGCUGGCGGGGGGUGUGAGGAGCAUGCCCAGCCCCCUCCUGGCCUGCUGGCAGCCCAUUCUCCUGCUGGUGCUGGGCUCGGUGCUGUCAGGCUCAGCCACAGGCUGCCCUCCCCGUUGCGAGUGCUCUGCCCAGGACCGUGCUGUGCUCUGCCACCGCAAGCGCUUUGUGGCAGUGCCUGAGGGCAUCCCCACCGAGACGCGCCUGCUAGACCUGGGGAAGAACCGCAUCAAAACGCUCAACCAGGACGAGUUCGCCAGCUUCCCGCACCUGGAGGAGCUGGAGCUCAACGAGAACAUCGUGAGCGCCGUGGAGCCUGGCGCCUUCAACAACCUUUUCAACCUCCGGACGCUGGGUCUCCGCAGCAACCGCCUGAAGCUCAUCCCGCUGGGCGUCUUCACUGGCCUCAGCAACUUGACCAAGCUGGACAUCAGUGAGAACAAGAUCGUUAUCCUGCUGGACUACAUGUUCCAGGACCUGUACAACCUCAAGUCACUGGAGGUUGGCGACAAUGACCUCGUCUACAUCUCCCACCGCGCCUUCAGCGGCCUCAACAGCCUGGAGCAGCUGACGCUGGAGAAAUGCAACCUGACCUCCAUCCCCACGGAGGCGCUGUCCCACCUGCACGGCCUCAUCGUCCUGAGGCUCCGGCACCUCAACAUCAAUGCCAUCCGGGACUACUCCUUCAAGAGGUUGUACCGACUCAAGGUCUUGGAGAUCUCCCACUGGCCCUACUUGGACACCAUGACACCCAACUGCCUCUACGGCCUCAACCUGACGUCCCUGUCCAUCACACACUGCAAUCUGACCGUUGUGCCCUACCUGGCUGUCCGCCACCUAGUCUAUCUCCGCUUCCUCAACCUCUCCUACAACCCCAUCAGCACCAUUGAGGGCUCCAUGUUGCAUGAGUUGCUCCGGCUGCAGGAGAUCCAGCUGGUGGGCGGGCAGCUGGCCGUGGUGGAGCCCUAUGCCUUCCGCGGCCUCAACUACCUGCGCGUGCUCAAUGUCUCUGGCAACCAGCUGACCACGCUGGAAGAAUCGGUCUUCCACUCGGUGGGCAACCUGGAGACGCUCAUCCUGGACUCCAACCCACUGGCCUGCGACUGUCGGCUCCUGUGGGUGUUCCGGCGCCGCUGGCGGCUCAACUUCAACCGGCAGCAGCCCACGUGCGCCACGCCCGAGUUCGUCCAGGGCAAGGAGUUCAAGGACUUCCCUGAUGUGCUACUGCCCAACUACUUCACCUGCCGCCGCGCCCGCAUCCGGGACCGCAAGGCCCAGCAGGUGUUUGUGGAUGAGGGCCACACGGUGCAGUUUGUGUGCCGGGCCGAUGGCGACCCGCCGCCCGCCAUCCUCUGGCUCUCACCCCGAAAGCACCUGGUCUCGGCCAAGAGCAAUGGGCGGCUCACAGUCUUCCCUGAUGGCACGCUGGAGGUGCGCUACGCCCAGGUACAGGACAAUGGCACGUACCUGUGCAUCGCGGCCAAUGCAGGCGGCAACGACUCCAUGCCCGCCCACCUGCAUGUGCGCAGCUACUCGCCUGACUGGCCCCAUCAGCCCAACAAGACCUUCGCCUUCAUCUCCAACCAGCCGGGCGAGGGAGAGGCCAACAGCACCCGAGCCACUGUGCCUUUCCCCUUCGACAUCAAGACCCUCAUCAUCGCCACCACCAUGGGCUUCAUCUCUUUCCUGGGCGUCGUCCUCUUCUGCCUGGUGCUGCUGUUUCUCUGGAGCCGGGGCAAGGGCAACACAAAGCACAACAUCGAGAUCGAGUAUGUCCCCCGAAAGUCGGACGCAGGCAUCAGCUCCGCCGACGCGCCCCGCAAGUUCAACAUGAAGAUGAUAUGAGGCCAGGGCAGGGGGCAGGGACCCCCGAGCGGCCGGCAGGGGAAGGGGCCUGGCCGCCACCUGCUCACUCUCUAGUCCUUCCCACCUCCUCCCGACCCUUCCACACACGUUCUCUUUCUCCCCCCCGCCUCCAUCCCCUGCUGCCCCCCGCCAGCCCUCACCACCUGCCCUCCUUCUACCAGGACCUCAGAAGCCCAGGCCUGGGGACCCCACCUGCACAGGGGCAUUGGCAGACUGGAGUUGAAAGCCGAUGAACCGACACACGGCAGAGUCAAUAAUUCAAUAAAAAAAGUUACGAACUUUCUCUGUAACUUGGGUUUCAAUAAUUAUGGAUUUUUAUGAAAACUUGAAAUAAUAAAAAGAGAAAAAAACUAUUUCCUAUAGCUAGUCGGAAUGCAAACUUUUGACGUCCUGAUUGAUCCAGGGCCCUCUUCCAACUCAGUUUCUUGUUUUUCUCUUCCUCCUCCUCCUCUUCUUCCUCCUUUCUCUUCUCUUCCCCUGUGGGGAGGGAUCACUCAGGAAAACAGGAAAGGAGGUUCCAGCCCCACCCACCUGCCCACCCCGCCCCAGGCGCCAUCAGGAGCAGGCUAGGGGGCAGGCCUGGGCCCAGCUCCGGGCUGGCUUUUUGCAGGGAGCGGGUGGAGGGGACAGGUCUGCCGAUGGGGGUGGAAGCCUGUCUGCUGGGCUGCCAGGCAGCACUACUGCCAGGGGUGGGAGCCUGGCUCGGGUGUGGCUGAGACUCUGGACAGGGGCUGGGGUCCUCCUGGGGGACAGCACAGUCAGUGCAGAGAGCCAGGGGCUGGAGGUGGGGCCGACCCCAGCCUCUGGUCCCAGCUCUGCUGCUCACUUGCUGUGUGGCCUCAAGCAGGUCACUGGCCUCUCUGGGCCUCAGUCUCCACAUCUGUACAAAUGGGAACAUUACCCCCUGCCCUGCCUACCUCACAGGGCUGUUGUGAGGAAUUGAUGAGAUGAUGUAUGUGAAACACUUUGUAACCUGUAAAGCGCUGUGCACACGUG